AUGGCGGAGUGUCAUUGGCUGUCAUCAGUUCAUCGAAUUUCGAUAUGUUCUUCUACGUUGUCUGCGCACUUUUCCUGCUCAACGCCUUCACGACUGAGGCGCAACCCCAAGAAGUGCCAUGUGAAGGAUCAAGGAGGAGAGAUGUUCUGUCUCGGCCCAAAGCACGCCGGCCAAUGCAGCAGUCCGGACUUCGCCCCAAUUGCCCACCAGUUCUGCGCCAAAACGUGUGGUCUUUGUCAGUGA